AUGAGCAAGAUCAACCGCUACCAAGAAAAAUCCAAUGUGGUCCCCUCCAUGUUUGCCUAUGCCAGCAAGAAGAAGCCCGUGAUCAAGCCAACCGGAGAAGAUCCUACCGGGGCGCCAGUUUCUCCCAAGGCUGCACGGGCACAGCUUCGCCCCGUGAAUGCGUCUCCUCGAUCGGUGGCUCCGGAAUCACCCAAAAAGGAAGAACCAAAGAAGGAACCUGCAGUAGUGGAGCCGAAAAAGGAAGAAGUCGUAGUGGCUCCUCCUGUGGCUCCUCCUGUGGUUGUAGAAGAACCAAAAAAGGAAGAACCACCAAAAGAAAAAGAACAAAGCGAAGAAGAAAGAGCAGCCGCACUGCGCAUCUUGGCUGCCGCCUUGGACGUGGAUCCAUCCGAGAACCCAACAGAGGAUGUCCAAGAACUAGUAGCUCAACGAUUGGAGGAACGCAAAAAGGCGCUCGCGGCCAAAUUGGCCAAAAAGGAGGAACGCCGUCGCGCUCUAGAGGAUAAGCUGUCGGCCAACAAGGCCGUAUCGUUAGGCAAGGAGCUCUUGGGAUCGCACAACUUUCUCAGUACGGAACAGCGCCAGAAAAUCGAAGCCACCCGCAAGAUGCAGGAAGAAAGCCAGAAACGCAUGGAAGAACACAAAAAGGCGUGCGAGGCGGCCAUUGCACCCAUCCAAAAGCGCAUUGACACACACAAUGCCUACUCGGAAAUCAAACAAAAGGAAUACGAGGAAAAGGCCGCCGUUGCCGCAGCCGAACAAGAACGGUUGAAGGCCGAAAAGGCAGCCAAGAAAAUUGCGGAUCAGAAAAAGAGGGAAGAAUACGAAAAGCGAAGGGACGAACGAAAGCGCAGCCAAAGCCCCAAGCAGCGUUCUUGA